ACAGGCCUCUCUCAUAUUUUUAAGUGGGAGAACUUGCACAAUUGGUGGCUGACUAAAUACUUUUUUUGCCCCACUGUAUAUCAUUAAGGAUUAUAGUUUUCACCUGGGUUCACCUGGUCAAUCUAUGUCAUGAAAAGAGCAGGUGUCCUUAAUGUUUUGCAAAAUCAGUGUGUUGUGUCUACUAGCUCAUUCCCACAGAAACCUGCAGAGGGAAGCCGUACCACCCAGUCACCCAUCAGACUCCAUUGUGAGACGUCUCACAGAGGAUAUUCAACCCUAAAAGCAAAUUCAAGUUACCCACAUCCUUGAAAGAAACACGUACCUCAGUAGGGAUCGAGGAGCGAGUCCAGCAGCACGCUGCUAUUCUCCAGCAUCUCGGCAGCGCCAUGGACCGCGUGCUGCAAACCAUGGAGCGAUGGAAGAGAGGAGGAAUUCCUCCAGCGUCUCCACCAGCACCACCAGUUUCAACUAUAAUCACCCCUCCUUCACCUGGUCCCAGUGGGAUUCGGCUCGCCCUCCCGAGGGAGUAUGAUGGUACAGCGGUGGGAUGUCAGGGGUUCUUGCUCCAGCUAGUGUUCCACCUGGCAACCGUCCACCGACCUCCCUCAGGCCGUGAAAGCGUGGUCUGCCUCUCAGGGAAGGACCUGGAGUGGGCCAACGUCUUAUGGCGGGAAGAAGAAGCCGUGUUGGACCAUUUUGGAAUUUCAACCGCCGCUUUCGGGCAGUCUUUGACCACCCGCCUGAGAGUAGAGCGGCGGGUGAACGUCUCAUACACCUGAGGCAGAGGACGAGGAGUGCACAGGAGUUUGUGUUGGACUUCCGGACCCUGGCCGCCGGCGCGGGAUGGAACGACAGGGCCCUGAUCGAUCACUACAUGUGCAGUCUGCGCGAGGACGUCCGUCGGGAGUUGUCCUGCAGGGACACCACUCUCAUAUUCAACCAGCUGGUGGACUUGUCCAUCCGACUGGAUAACAUGCUGGCUACCCGCGAACAUCCAGAUCGGGGUCUGUCGAUUCCAUCCCCCAGCACCACCACUCCGACGCCCAUGGAGCUGGGAGGUGCUGCACUUAGGGCAACCGGAGGCGGGGCCAUUCCAUGCACCAUCUGUGGCCGCAGAGGGCACACUGCCGGUCGGUGCUGGGAAGGUUCCUCUGGGAGUCGAGGCAGCAGGCAGGGCACUCUCGUGUCACCCCAGGUGAGUCGGCACCAGGCUCACCCAGAGCCACUGGUUGCUCACAUGGUUUUGUUUAUUAAUUUUCUUGAGAUUUCACAGAAUUCCCAGCAUAAGGCGCUCGUAGAUUGAAUUUUAUUGACAGAUCAUUUGGCCAUAGUUUAGAGAUCCCCAAUGUUCCUGUCGAUAUGCCCUUCCCUGUGCACGCCCUAGAAAGUCGACCAUUAGGGUCAGGGCUAACUAUGGAGGCCACCGCUCCUCUGGGCAUGGUUACGCAGGAGGGUCACAAGGAGAGAAUCAGUCUCUUCCU